ACACGUCAUUUUUCAUUUACUUGAAAUUCUCCGCUUCAUCUUCCUCCAACUCGCGGAGCAAACCUCCGUUCUAACACUUCUGAUUCUCUUUUGCAGUUUCAUAAAUUUCACGUGUUAUCAUAACCCAAACGACAUAUAUCUCCCUUUUUUCUUCUCCCCUUCACUCUAUCUAUCCAUCAAAAUCUACGGACGAAGACGAAUCAGAAUCGCUCUGGCCCCCACAAGCCACCUUCGUCGCAACAUGCAUCAUCGGCGACCUUAAUGCCAACGACAUCGGAGGCUGAACAGCACGAACGUAAUUUUCUCUUAUGUUAAAUAUCAAAAAGUCAAAGACUUUUUCAUGCUCAUAUAAUAAAAAAAGGAAAUCUUUUUGUUCAAAGAAUCAUAACUUCGAGAAAAGUAUUGAACUUUGUGACGAUUGAGCAAAGAUGGAGAGACUGAGAGAUUGUAUAAAGGAAAUGGUGAAGUUCACACUUACUCACCGUUCAGGUUUCGAUUUGGAGCUUACCGGAGAUUUAUGCUCCGGUCUUCUCUCCGGCGACUCGCUUCUUCACGCCGAGACUGUAGAAGCAUUUGCAGGUGUUCCUGAGUAUCCUCUGUACAAGCGUCUAGCUUUAAGCCUAUUGAAAUCGAUUGCUUCUGGUUGUUUCUGUGGGGGUUUUGAGAAGGUUUCGUUGGGGAAAGAGGUUACCUGGUUGAAGGAGAAAGAGGAGGAGUGGAGCAACAUGAUAACCCAAAAGGGUUCUGAGUUAGUCAACGCCUUGAAGUAUAUAGCUUGUGAGCUUCAAGUUCAAGAGCCCUUAUUCUCCCUCAUGAAAGAUGGUGUCAAAACAGUUGAGGCGAGGUGUUUUGAAGCGGAGUAUGAUAGAGUUCAACAGAGAGGUUCUCUGGUUAUGAUAAAUAAAUGUCUCCUGUUUGAAGUUAUGGAAAUGCACAAAUAUUCAUCUUUCUACGAGUUGUUAAAAGCUGAGAGUCCAGAGAAAAUCUUCCCUGGAACCAAUACACUUGAAGAGUAUGCAAAUGUUCAAGAAGUUGUGUGAUGUUGUUGAUCAAGAGAAGAAGAACAACGGUGUUGUUGCAAUCCAUCUUAGUAAAUCAGUUUCUCAGGCUUGUGUAGCUUUGUCUCACAUACUCUCUGUACGUUCUAGCUUUUUCCAUGUCUCUACUUCUAUUGUUCAUAUGAUUCAUUCUCUUAUGCUUCUUCCAAAAACUACAGGGGUUAGGAAAGCUAGAAAACUAACCUUUACAGAUAUUGAGUGUGAACUUCUUCAUGUUAUUAUCGUGUCACACUAUACUGUAUUUGCAGCACUGUUUGUAUAAAGUUACAAGAAUAUAGUACUGCUAAAAGAGCUAGAAAAAGGCGUUGCAGUUGCA